GUUGGUUCCUGUGAUGGCUGUAGGAGGCAUCACCCGGCGACCCCGCACUCACAGACACACUCCCAAGUCUCUGCACCCGCGCCAAGGCCAGUCAGCGGUGAGGUCCUGGCAGGGGAGUGACGCUACGAGGCACAGAGCGAAGAGGGACGCCUGAAGAACAUAAGAACAUAAGAACAUAGGGAAACUGCAAGAGGCCGACUUCAUUACACUUCCAGAGACGUCAGUGAGAGGCUGUGAUCCGUCCUGAAGGCCGCCGUGCACGCCAAUGUUCCCGCAGCCCGUGACGUGGUGGCGGCGCGAGGUGGCGCUCUGGGGCACGGGCGCCAACAGUGUGGGCUGCCUGGUGGUGCUGCUGCUCUGCCUGCUGGUGGCCAUAUGGGUGCUGCGCCCCAGCAGGGACCUCCCCCCUGGGCCCUGGGGAUUCCCGAUGCCAGAGUACCUACCUUGGCUGAAUUCACGCGCGCCGCACCUCACGCUGGCGGGGCGCUACGGCAAUGUGUGCAGCGUGGGGCUCGGGCGCGUGCUGGCCGUGGUGCUGGCCGACGCGGGGCUGGUGCGGGAGACGCUGGCGAGGAGGGAGAUCACGGGCCGCGCGCCGCUCAACCUCACCCACGGCACCAUGCAAGGCUGCGAUCGGUUUCCUGCAUCAACCUGGGUCGCGCGAGGCUGACGAACACGACGCUGACGCACCACACACUCGCUGACAGACUGACGCGGGGAUUCGAACCUUGACCACCCCCACAAGCCCCGACAACCCCGAACCACUGCCCCAUCAGCCCCCAACAAGCCCUGACAACCCCCAACGAGCCUCGACAACCCCCGGAACCGACCCCCACCAGGCCCCAACAAGCGCCCAUCACCGCACCAUCAGCCCCCAACAAGCCCUUAACAAGCCCCAUCAGUCCUCCGCACUGCCCCAUCAGCCCCAAGCAAGCCCCAUUAACCCUCAGCACCGCCCCAUCAGUCCCAAACAAGCCCCAUUAACCCUCAGCACCGCCCCAUCAGUCCCAAACAAGCCCCAUUAACCCUCAGCACCGCCCCAUCAGUCCCAAACAAGCCCCCAUUAGCCCUCAGAACAGCCCCAUCAGUCCCAAACAAGCCCCAUUAACCCUCAGCACCGCCCCAUCAGUCCCAAACAAGCCCCGACAGCCACAAACAAGCCCCAUUAACCCCCACCACAGUCCCAACAGUCCACAACCCAAGCAAUACAACCCCACGAUCGGCCCCUCAACUUCACCAACCCACUUGCUGACAGACACGUGAACACAAUUUAUUUCAGUUUCCCUUACUCCCUGUUAGUUUGCCUCACUCUAUAUUACCUUAUCUUACUCUAUGUUCCCUUAUCUUUCUCUGUAUCUCUUUAUCUUACUCUGCCUUAUAUUAUCUUAGCUUGUAGGCCUAUCUUGAUGUUAGUUUAUCUUUACUCCAGUUUGUAUCGAGAUCUAUGUUAGUUUCUUGCUCUUCUUUUGUUAAUUUUAGCUUACUUUAGUUUUUAGGUCCAGUCGUAUAAUGCCAUAUAUUAGGGGGCGACAGAUUUACCCCGUGAUGUACUUCUUGCGGUUUUAAUUUCUUCAUAAAUAUUCAUAGAGUGCUCAAUGUUAUUUUUAUUUCUUCCAUUUGGGGCUCAUUUACGUUUAUUUUCGUUUUCCUCUUUUGUUUUUCCCUCUUAUUUCUUCGUUUUCUCCUUCUUCUGCCUC